CCCUCUUAUGCAGCUGCUGUUAAAGGCCCAGGCUCCGUUCCAAGUUUCAUCACACACGGUCCCAGUUCCAUUCCGUUAGCAUCACAACACGAUCAAGGCCAACAAACUCUUGCCGGGACGAGUGGUUUUGACCACACCCAACAGUUAGCGGGGGGCCACGCCCACAGCCAGUCGUCUGACGAGCAACCAAAGACGCUCCAUCUCAAGAACGUUCCGGAACACGUCAACAACCCUCCGACGUUGAGGAAGCAUUUCUCGCAAUUUGGAGAGAUUGUCGUCUUGGACUGCCAACCUGGAAAGAGAUUUGCUACUGUUGGCUUUACCACUCGAAAUGCCGCAGUAAGAGCCAAGAAAUCGGGCAGACUUCUCUGCGAGGAACCAAUCCAGAUAUUCUGGCACUCGCGACCUCUCCAAAGACCCAGACCAGAUCCCCACGUCCCCGUUCCAGUCCAUCCCUCGUCUCAUUCCCAGGAUCCCAGACUGGCCCAGACUCGGUUUGAAACGGGCCAACGAGUUGCUGACGAACAGGGGCAAGGGGGAGAUCUUGGAGGGAGUGAGGAAGAGGCGAAGGUUCGUCGAUGUUGCAGGCAGGACGGAAAAGACCAGCUGAUGUUGCUGGACUGGAGACUGUGGGAGGAGGAGAAGAGAGGGAGGGGGGAGAGAGGGAGGAGGGAGAGAGGGAGGAGGGAGAGAGGGAGGAAGAGGAUUGGUUGGUGGAAGCGGUGGAAAGAAGAGUGUAUGGGACAGACUAGGUGGGAUAGAUGGAGAGGAAAGUAAUCAACCGGGAACAACAAAGGGUAAAUCAAGAGUGAGGCAAAACGAAGACAAAGACUGGACUCCAGAGGGAGGCGAGGGGGGAGAGGAGGAGGAAGAGGAGGAGGAGGAAGAGGGGGUGGUGGAGGGAGAGGAAUCCGUCCUCCAACAGAGAGUAGCUGUACCGAAAGAGGCAGGGGAAGACAUGGACACAAUUGCUCGCUCGGUAUCGCAUCCCUACUACCUUCGCUCACUCCACAUCCCUGAGACAAUUGCUGGAAUCCGUGGACCGAAGGCAACUCUGGAACUUCCACAACAGUCAGCAGAAGGUGUCCCCCCAGCUGUUGUGGGCGUGGCCAGAACUUACGCUCCUCUACCCAGGCCCGACCUUCCCCCUCCUCCCAUGCCUCAGGGUCAAAGUUCGGCAGAUCUGUACCAAAGUCUCUUUACACGUGACGAGCAGAUCAGAAAGAAUUUGGUGAGGCAAACGUCGCUGACUAGAGCUGCAGUAGUAGUGGGGGCGUGUCCCGACAUGUGUCCAGAGAAAGAGCGGUACAUGAGGGAAGACAGACGCAGACUCAGCUGGUUCGAACUGGACCACCAUAUCUCCCAACCUGGGGCUCCCAAGGUGGACCACCAACGAGCCGUGAAAGAGUAUAACAGAUCAGCUGCCGACAAAGCUGAAGACCUGCCCCACGAGCUGCGUCCGGAGCCUGUGCUCCUGAUGACAAUGGACUAUCUGGUGACUUGUGUGAUGGACGAACGAGAAGGCAGAACGGAAAUGUGGUACGACUUCGUUUGGAAUCGAACACGAGCCAUUAGGAAGGAUAUCACGCUGCAGCACCUCUGCUCCAAGGGUUGCGUGGAGCUCACCGAAAAGUGUGCCCGUUUCCACAUCCUCUGUGCCUACCUUCUCUGCGAAGAAGAAAUCAAUGUUUUUGAUCAGAAGAUGAACCACGAAAACCUUACCAAGUGCCUCAUAACUCUGACACAUUUCUACAGGGACCUACGGAUCGAGCAGGCUGUGUAUUGUGGUAACGAGGCGGAGUUUUGUUGCUAUGACAUUCUGCUGCACCUGCGAGAUGGCAACGUACUCAAUUUGGUGGAGCAAUAUUCUCCGGCAAUUCGACAGAGCAAUUUCAUCAGAUUUGCUGUCGAUAUCGCUCUCGCAUUCAGCUCCAACAAUUAUGCCAAAUUUUUCAAGCUUGUCAGGUCACCUAUAUGCUCUUACCUGUGUGCCUGCAUCCUUCACCGAUACUUUUCAGAGAUUCGUACCACAGCCCUGCAUGUGAUGACAAAGGCAUACACGCUCUCCAAACCCACCAGCUUCCCUCUCACGAAAUUCACUGAAAUUCUCAGAUUUGAAAACGAAGUUUUGGCCACCGAUUUCUGUGUGCACUUUGACCUCUCUCUGACCAAAAAGAUGGUGAAAUUGGCACGAGAAUUUGCCCACCAUCCUCCCUCCUCUCUCCCCGCCCUCCUCGCUCCAUCCCUCGUUGGAGCUAAAAGGGUCAACAGACGUCUCGGCGAGAUUGUCAACGGGGGACCCCUCCCGUUACCGCCCAACUUGCCCCGCCCAUACGACAGCUUUGCUCCGGGUACACCGCUAGCCCCGCCUACUCCGACACGCCCGACUCCGCCCGUCUACUCAGACAAGGAUCUGACUGUUGCUAUUGAUCUGAUCCUGGAAGAAAUCACUCGGAAGGAGCUAUUCUCUGUCGCCAUGGAGAUGCUGCAGAAUGAACGCGACAAGUCUGUAAAGCAGGCGACUGUGAGUGCAUUUUGUGAGAGCUUGACGAGUGAGUGUGUGGGGGAGGAAUGUACAAGUGUUGCCAUGGCUACCCUUGAGAAUGCUCAACGAGAGUGGCAGGUUCGGGAGAACGCCCAACUCCUGGACGAGGUCGCGAAGGUCAUUUCCAUGGAGAUCGAGUUUGGCAUCAUAAUUGAACAAGUUUCACAAGUGAUCAUAGAGGGCUACGAAGAGUUGGUGACCAUGGCAACAUCUGUGUGUGAUGACAUCACGUGGGAGUGUGUGAGGAGUGUGACUGGGGACGUGUGUGUGGAGGUGGUGAGGGAGGCAGAGCUGGUCAGGCAGGAAAAACUCGAACAACUGGAGAAACUGGUUUUGGCAAAGAGGCGAAAGAGAUACUGGGAAAAAUGGUGUUGUUUAUUCAAAGCUCGUUGCCAUGCCCGCGAAUGUGUAUCAGCGAUUCCGUCCCUCCCUCCCCUCCUCCCCCUCUCCGCACAGCCGGUUGCCAGGCGACAGUUGCCAGGGGAGACCCUAAUUAGUGGGGGCUCACUUGAAAUUGGUGAAGGGAGAGUUGCGGAUUUUCUAGAGGCUGAACGAUGUGGUCUAGAAGAGAGAAGGAAAAAAAUUUCAUCUCCUUUGGAUCUUCCUUAUCUUCUCUCUCACUCUCUUCUUGUCACUCGUCCCCCAUCCCUCCCUCCCCUCCCUCCCUCCCAUCACACCUCCCCACACAUCUACUGGUCCCUCGCGUUACUCCACUCCGUCCACCCCGACUUACCCCACUCCCAACCGGGGGACCUGGCUUUGCUGGGAUACCUCGAACAGAAGUUGACAUUUCGUCCCCCGGGGGCCAAACCAUCGGGGGAUAAACAAAACCUUCUUAUCCAGGGGUUCGUGAAAUUUCAGUUUCUGCGACCCCUCUUGCAGAAGUAGGCGGGACCGGGCAGCUCAAGAUUGCUGUCAAGAGUGUUCAAAUUGGACGCCAUGGUAACAGUUGUCAUGGGAACAAUCGCCGGGUAUUUUGUGGGGUGUGUGCUCUCGUAUUACUGGCCCCAACACCAAAGGCUCAUCAGACACCAGAGAGCUACAGGGAUGAUGUCGUGGAGAAUUUGAUGUCACUCUCUGAGAAUGGGUGGUGGAAGGAGAGUCCGGUUCCCAUGUUAGUCCUGGCUCCAUUCCAUGUCGAGGAGCGCUACCUGGCACAUUGGAUCAUGCUCAGGAUCUCUCUCCAGUCCCUGCCGCAGAGGAGGCCAGCUGCUUUUCUCUCUGACGUGACCUUUGACACCCUCCAAGGCAAUAGCCACACCCCCAUCAUUGACGAGGAAAAGGUGUGUAAAGGGUUAAAGUGGCUGGCUGACCACGCCCCUCCCCAGCCACCCCUCUCGUGCAUCAGUGUCCGAGACUACGUCGAAAAAGGAGUGGAGAAGUAUUUCGUUCCGCUGUUGAGGAGAGACGCAGAGAUCAGGAAAGAAAGUGGCCUCCCGUCGCAGUCCCCAGGUGCCCUGGUGUCUCUGUACAACUCUGUCGUCUGUCAUCUCGUCUCCUCCGCCACGUCUGAUCAUCUCGGUGCCAUCUCAUGGCCACUCCCCGAGUUUGCCCCCAGGCACUUCGCUUCAACCUCUAGCACCCCAUGUCUUCAACAGUGAAGGACUGCCCCGACUGGAUUGGAACGGGGACAUGUGCAGGAACGAACUGCGGGAGUGCAUCUCUCGGUGUCAGCUGGUCAAUUUGAUGUGGCUCCGCCCACCACUAAUGAGCCGAUCCACGGCAACUGGGUGGAACAGUAUAAACAGUGCUUCCUCUAUCUGGAGGAGUACGUCGGAACAAGCCACACCCUCUUACUACCAAGGAUCAAGGCUCUCCUCCGUGGGUACAUGAGUCAUGUGACUUUCAACCAAUCAGAAGCUGUUUUUCCUUGGGAUCAUGUGGUAAUCACGUGCAUCGAUCACAUGGUGUCUAUUGCACCUUCCGAUCACUGGGUCACAUGUUUCCAUGGUAAAACAAAGGAAUUUGCCACACCCACCUCGUGGCUGAUGGCCGAAGCUGCAACCAGUUUGGAAAGGGUUAAUAUGCUGAACCCUGACCCCCCACCGAGACCGAAGAGACAUCGUCGGAAUAUGAGUGACUCGUACCUGUUUGAUUCUCACCACCUCCCCACUCUCACACCCUCACACCCCGCCCACCUCCGCCAAGCCUCACAGUCGCCACUGGCAACCAAACUGGUGGAGAAAAUCGGCACAGAAAAGCAGCUGUCCAUUGACUUUGAGGAGCAACUGAAGAAAGUUCUAAGAGAAGGGAAGACUCCCCACACCCCUCUCCUCACUCCAUCUCCUCCUCCCCGUCACGAUGACCACACCCCCUCCUCCCUGGAGUGGGCGGGGUCUCUGGAGGUGGGGCUUCAACUCCUCAAGAUGAAGAUUCGGACCUCCAGGUACAAAUGAAAAGCACUAAAGUGCAAACCCUCGGCACACUAUAUAGAAAUGUGGAACCCAUACACAAAAGAAAGUGAAACUGAAUCAUUUUCACUUUCAACUCUCCCCACAAUCUCUUGGACACUCACCACUAUAAUUAUUAUUUCCCUUUUACUGCAUCACUGUAAAUGCUGUUUAA